UUAUUAGCAAUGCAAUCCAACUGAUAAACACAUUGAACAGCUUGUGUUUGUUAAAAGUCCUCAGAGAAAACCUUUAUAGUCAUUGCACUCCAAAAUGGCCGCAACAUUCGCAAUUCAAUCUAUCUUUGCAAGCCCUGCGAGUGGUGCAAGCCAUGUAGGUAAGCCUACUCGCUUCCUUCCUGCCACAUACAUGCCAAGCAUAAGCCUUCCCAAGAGAAGCGGCAUGCGUGUACGAGCAACGUCGGAGGAAGAGAAAGAACGACCAACCGCAGCAAACACAACUCCAUCACCGACACCAACACCACCACCACCGAAGGCAAACCCAUAUAAACCUAAAGUGAGCACUAAGUUUGGUGAUUUGUUCGCUUUUAGUGGACCAGCUCCGGAGAGAAUCAACGGCAGAUUGGCCAUGAUAGGCUUUGUUGCAGCUUUGGCAGUGGAGAUAGGGAAGGGUGAGGAUGUGUUCGCUCAAAUAUCAGACGGUGGAAUCCCAUUGUUCGUGGGAACUAGUGUACUGUUGACCGUAGCGUCACUGAUCCCUUUGUUCAAUGGGGUGAGUGCGGAAUCCAAGUCAAACGGGUUCAUGACAUCUGAUGCUGAGCUGUGGAACGGGAGGUUCGCGAUGUUAGGUCUGGUUGCACUGGCCUUCACCGAGUACGUUAAGGGCGGGACCCUGGUGUAACUGGUGUACAUACUACAUAGACCAUGUAGCUCUUUGGGAUAUAUUCUUGAAAUAAUACCACGAGGAGAUAUUUAACAAAAA